AUAUAUUGUCAAUGAGACCUGCAUCAUGGAACUGUUUGAGGUGUGCCCGGUAUGUCAUAGAAGCUGUCAUAUAAGAUCACAAAGGAUUGGAACAUUUCUACGUGUUGAACAACUCUGCCACCAUUGUCAGUUCUCAAGGAAAUGGAACAGUCAGCCGAUUUUGGGCAGUACUCCAGGUGGAAACCUUCACCUUUCUGCUGCUGUGUAUCUCACUGGUGCUUCAUUUUUCACAAUUGAAGAGAUAUUUGCAGCUAUGAAGUUACAUCUUUUCAAGUACGACACCUUUCGUCGUCAUGCACGAAUGUGCAUUGAGCCUGCUAAUGUUUACAAAUGGAGAAACUGGCAGGAUGAGAUGCUACAGCUGUUGGCUCAAAGGGAAAAGGUCAUUGUUGGAGGAGAUAUGAGGGCUGACUCACCAGGGCACUCUGCCAAAUAUGGCAGUUACACAAUGAUGGACCUGGAGACAAACAACAUUGUUGAUGUACAACUCGUCCAGAGUAAUGAAGUGGGAGGAAGUUACCACAUGGAAAAGGAAGGUUUGAAGAGAGGUCUUGACUUUUUGGAUGCUCGUGGAGUGACUCUGGACUGCAUUGUGACUGACCGACAUCCGCAAAUACAAAAAUUCCUCAGGGAACGCAAUGUCAACCAAUUCUAUGAUGUCUGGCACGUAGAGAAAGGAAUUUCAAAGCAGCUGGAAAAAGUGUGCAAGUUGAAGGGUUGUGAGAAAAUACAUAAAUGGUUGCAUAGUAUAAAAAACCACAUUUAUUGGACUGCUGCAUCAUCAAGCAGUGGCCCUUAA